AUGGCUUCCAGGUUUCGAACGCAAGAUUGGUGGGUUGGUAAAGUCUACGAAACUGCUGGUGCAGUGAUCGAUCGAUCUGCUGGUGCAGUGAUGGCUUUUCCUUCAUUUCUCGCCAAUGCAGCCUUUGGACGCCUUCAGUUUUCAGAUGUUUUCAGUCUUCACCUCCAACAUCUGGGGCACUCACCGAGAUCUUCUGGAUUGCUGAUGUCAGGUUGUGGGCUGGAUGCCUUCCGGCGAGAUGGCCUGGAUGCCUUGCCAAUGGGAGGUGAGCGAAAGAGAAGCUGCGACGACGCAGAGUCGCCCAAGUCCAAUGAUAGAGAGGCUGAGGACGACUCGCCCAAGUCCCCGACCAUUGAGGGUGUUCUUCAGUGGGACCCGAUUGCUAUCAGCAAAUCAGAAGGUGAUUCUGCUCUUUGCGAGUUGAGCUGGGACCCACUGGGCCUUAGCAUGACCUGUACAACAACUGAAGGAGGUGGUGGUUGUCUUGAUCCCAGCGUGGUCCUUCUUGCUGCGAGGACUCUUGACAAGAAGACCACAUCAGACUGUGUCAAGCGUGCAAGUUUCUACUCGCUCCCAUCCACGGCUUUCUCUGAGACUGCCACCACGGAUAAGGAUGACGAGGCCGACUCCGUCUUUGAGGCCUGGGCAGUGACCGAGGCCCUCGGCAGCCCCGAUGACAUCCUCAUGCACAAGGGCGUGCACUAUGAGAUGAGUGUGCGCAACACGUUCAUCAGUUUUGGAGUUGCUGGUACAGCCAAGAGGAUGCUACAGCGAUCCCUCUCGGAGCCCAGCCUGAAUGAACGUGAGGAUUGA